AUGGCCAAAACGGCCACCUCAGCUCCUCUUGUAGUGGCCCUGGCCCAGCCCACACAGGCCGAGGAAACGCGCAACGGCGGCGUGGCCGACGGCAUGAUGAAUAUAUUUGGCGACUAUGCCCAGGACACAGCCCAGCAAGGGUACCAGUGUCCUAUGACCAAAGACGGCUGGGAAGCCAACGGCGAGCUCCGCCUGCCAAAAGACGCUGCCUGGCUGAAAACCAUCCAGGACAAGGCCAUUGAGGACCUGGACAAGGGGCAGGCGGGCACUGACAAGCAGCGGGCACUGGAGAUCAUUGACAGACUCCGCAACCUCGCGCACAAUAGCCAGGGAUCGGCUGAAUGGCCAGACGAUCAGUUUGGCGAAGGCAGCGAUCCCGAGGUCGUACGAUACCUCGAGACGCUGAGACAUGCAACCGAGCAGCGGCUGCUAACAUCUGCUGUGGAAACUAUCGGCCAAGGGUACUUUUCUGCCCGCCUGCCGCUGGCCAGCGGCUACAACGCCGUCAUUGCGUUCUUGCUCAUAUACCUGAUCUAUAAAAUCAUGGGCCGCAAGGCAGGAGCUGCAGAACCGGACAGACAGGGCGGGCAGGUCACAGAGGCGUACCAGGACGAGUGCGAUCUGAUAUCCGACACCAUCACAGUUGCCUGCGCAUACCUGGCCAUUGUGCCCUUGACCAGCAUUUUGCUGAUCAUCCUGGAGCUCAAUGGGACCACUCCGUGGCUAAUCAGCUCCAGCUACGUAUGCUUGAUCUCAGGCAUCAUCAUCGCUGCGCGGCCCUCGCUGCUCACAAAUCUGUGGGACCGCAACUCGCUGCUGGCUGUCGGACAGCGGCUGAUUCUCGGCAUCAUGACUAUCACCGCCCUGGGCUGUCUGGUCCACUCAAAGUACGCGGUGCCGGAUUACUCGUAAGAUUUUGUUUGAAUAUACCAAAGAUUUACUUUCUCCGAGAAA